AUGAACUUCUCGAUGACAUGCAUGGUCUAUUUAUCCAUUCUCUUCAUGAGCUCGUGUGUGGCUCUACCAACCAGAGGCACCGGUGCUACUGUGCAAUUUGUACAACCAAGUGUAGGACCCCCACCAGGACCCCCACCAACAGGUGGAGGUUUUGGUGGUCCUGGACAAUUACAACCUUCCAGUGCAGCGAUACAAACAACAGGCGGAGGUUAUAGUUCUUCUGAGCAAUUUUCAUCAUCCAGUACCGGAUUCCAGACAACAGGCGGAGGCUUCGCUGGUCCUGGGCAGAUCGCACAACCCAGUGCACCAGCCCCACCUACAGGCGGAGGUUUCGGCGCUCCUGGACAAUUCGCACAGCCCAAUGGAGGAGCCCCACCAACAAGCGGAAGUUUCGGCCCUCCUGGGCAAUUCGCACAGCCCAAUGGCGGAGGUUUCGGUGCUGCUGGGCAAUUCGCACAGCCCGGUGGAGGAGCCCCACCACCGGGCGGAGCUUUCAGUGCACCUGGUCAAUUUGCACAACCCAACGUAGGAGUCCAGACAGCAGGCGGUAGUUACGGUGCUUCUUCACAAUUUGCACAGUCCAACGCGGGAUUCCAAACAGCAGGCGGAGCUUUUGGUGCUCCUGUGCCAUUCCCACAGCCUAGCGUAGGUCUUCCUGUGCAAAUCGCUCCGCCCGCACUAGUAGCCCCAACAGCAGUGCCGAUUGUAGUUACUCAAAAGCCAAAAACAUCUGCAUUGGUUCUGGAUGCGGUAACAAAAGGGCUUGUGGCAGGCGGACUUUCCCUCCCAGCAAGAAUCACUGGUGCCGUCGGUUCAGGUCUUUCUGCAGGUAGAAUAUAG